AGCCCAUUUUAACAGUACUCGACCCAAUCAAUCUUUCUCGGAUCCUAGAGGAACCCGCUCGAGUUCGAGAGAUCUCUUUUCUUGUUUUCCCUUCUCAGCUCAGUCUCGCUCCGCUUGCUAUCUUUUCUCAGCAACCAAACACAGACCGUCACAGAGAGAAAGAAAAUAUGUCAGUGCUAAUAGUUACAAGUUUAGGUGACAUAGUGGUGGAUUUAUACGCUGACAAGUGCCCGUUAACCUGCAAAAACUUCUUGAAACUUUGCAAGGUUAAGUAUUAUAAUGGUUGCCUAUUUCACACAGUCCAGAAGGAUUUUACUGCACAGACUGGUGACCCUACCGGUACUGGGGCUGGUGGCGAUUCGGUCUAUAAAUUUCUAUAUGGCGAUCAGGCUCGAUUUUUUGGCGAUGAAAUCCAUCUUGAUUUGAAACAUUCAAAGACGGGAACUGUUGCAAUGGCUAGUGCUGGAGAAAAUAUGAAUGCUUCUCAGUUCUAUUUCACUCUGCGUGAUGAUCUGGACUAUCUUGAUGGGAAGCACACUGUAUUUGGAGAGAUAGCAGAAGGGCUUGAAACUUUAACGAGGAUAAAUGAGGCUUAUGUGGAUGAAAAGAAUAGACCUUUUAAAAAUAUCAGAAUCAAACACACUUAUAUACUUGAUGAUCCUUUUGAUGAUCCUUCCCAACUGGCAGAAUUGAUCCCUGAAGCUUCUCCAGAAGGAAAACCAAAGGAUGAGGUUGAGGGUGAGGUGCGGCUCGAAGAUGAUUGGGUGCCCAUGGAUGAGCAAUUAGGCACAGCAGAGCUAGAAGAGGUUCUUCGGGCAAAGGAAGCACAUUCUAGUGCAGUUGUGCUUGAGAGUAUUGGGGAUAUUCCUGAGGCUGAGACGAAGCCUCCUGAUAAUGUCCUAUUUGUUUGUAAACUAAAUCCAGUUACUGAGGAUGAGGACUUGCAUACAAUCUUUUCACGCUUUGGAACUGUUAUAUCGGCUGAUAUAAUUCGUGAU